UAGUUUCAUGAAGUGAUUGAAUGUGAGGGACAUGAAGGGUGGUCGACAGCAACGCCAAAAGUAUUGCCUACUUAGUCGACAUAAUUUUUUGCUAUAAAGGAAAGUUGUCUUUUUAAUUUGGGACAUCAUGUCAGGCGGCGAGGGGUCUUCUACUAAUAACGUCCCAACUAAUUCGAACGAUGAAACUGAUAAAACACAUGAGUAUUCAAAUUGUGACAAACAUAGAACAACAAUGACGAUAAUGGGUGACGGAACCAGACGAAGAAAGGUCAUGCACGCGGCAAAGGAGACCCUUGAUAAGGCAUCUCGUUUAUUAAGAAAAAAAGUACCAUGUACAGGUCACUUGAUGACCCCCCGCCGUCUAUGGAUUCAAAAGGUUCCAACUCAGGAGUGCGACGUCGUUAUCAUGUUUCCGAGUGGAGCAAGCGACGAAACCUUAACUUGGCUUCUAGGUAGGCUACGAUCAGGGUCAUCAGGAUUAGUUGUACAUGUUCGUCACCACGCUUCGUCCGAUAGUUAUGGAUUUUAUCUGACAGCGCCAUUUCCUGUUCUCCUGAAAGCUGCAGAAGAAAUUCAUCUUCCAAUGUCCUUGCGACAGGAAUUUGGAGGUGGUUUAAAAGAAUUUGUAGGUUCAAUGGCAUCUUGCUUUGAAAGAAGUAGUGAUGAAUUGCAGUUCUUUACUACACAGGAAAGACAGUCUCUUGUUUUACAUAUUUUGCAUUCUUUGCGAGCCAGUCCAAAGGAUAUUUGCAACGUGCCUAGUCUGAAACUGGUUGAAGGUCAAGCUAUUAUUCCAAAAUGUUUAUCAACAGGCAUAAUAUCCCAGGUAUUUCCACUUCAUGAGUUACCAGCCUUGGAAAAAUUACAAAAAACCUGGGUCCAGGCAUUUAUGAGUCCUCAACCCCUGGAUGAUAUUUGUAAAUAUUUUGGAGUAAAAAUUACUAUGUAUUUUGCAUGGCUAGGACACUACACUACCGCACUAAUUGUUCCAGCAGCAGUGGGUGUCAUAUAUUGGGUCGGCAUCAUUGGUAGAAAUCAAGCGGUGGAGGAUGUAGCAUAUGUCCUAUUUUCUAUAUUUAACGUGAUUUGGGCAACCGUGUACUUGGAGGCUUGGAAGAGAAGAGGAGCAGAAUUAGCAUACAGAUGGGGUACACUUGACCAGAGGGAUGAUUUAUUACUAGAACCGAGAUCUCUUUUCAGAGGAACCUUAUCAAUUUCACCAGUGACGGGAAGAUUAGAACCAAAUUAUCCACGAUGGAGGAGAAAUGUUUUUCGUUACUUUAUUAGCGUGCCUAUCAUUGCAGUCUGCCUGUUUGUCGUUUUCAUUGUAAUGAUUCUUAGUUUUCAAAUACAGGAAUGGUGGGAUAAAAAAUUAGGAACUUCAGGAUACUGUUUUUGGCUAACCUAUGUUCCAAAAGUAUUACUUGCAGUUGUAAUUGCCCUUAUGGAUGAGGCCUAUUUCAAAGUCGCUGUUUGGCUAAAUGAUUUAGAAAACUAUCGUCUUGACUCGGAGUAUGAAAAUCAUCUGAUCUACAAAGUCGCACUGUUUCAGUUCGUGAACUCCUUUCUGUCCUUAUUCUACAUCGCUUUUUAUAUACAAGAUCAAGAAAAACUUAAAGAGCAAUUGGCUGCUCUUUUAAUAGCUCGACAAAUUAUUGGAAAUUUAAAGGAAUCUGCAAUACCUUACUUGAUAGAGCAAUUACGUUUAGCUCGUAUGAGUUUUAAGUUGUUUGGAGCUUUAAGUCCAACGGAAACUAAAGAAACUCUUGUAAAAGAAACAGAAGAACAACCAGAAAUUUCUCUAAACAAUGAGACAGACGAGAAAGAGAAGAAAGAACUUAAGAAAGGAAAACAACCUAGAAACGUUUGCCAAGCUGAACUGGAGAGUUCUCUCUACAGAGUAGGACACCCUACUAAUACUCUUCUUAGUGACUUUGCUUUUAAGUAUGAUGGUGCAUUUUCUGAGCACUUGGAGAUGUUAUCACAACUUGGAUACGUUUGUCUCUUUUCAUCUGCAUUUCCACUGGCUGCACUCGCAGCAUUGUUGGGAAACCUAUUAGAACUUAGAGGAGAUGCUUUCAAAUUAUGUUUCGUUCUCCAACGUCCGUUUGGUCGAAGAGUUGCAAGUAUUGGAACAUGGCAAAAUGCUAUGGAAGCAAUGAGCCUUAUUGCAAUCUUGGUGAACUGUGGGCUAAUUAGUUUAAGUGGCCAAGUUCAACGAAUGUUUCCAGAAAUGUCAGCUACUCAAACAAUACUUUUAAUUGUGGCAUUAGAACAUAUUAUGAUAGCAAUUAGAUUCAUUAUAAUUUCUGCCGUACCUGACAUUCCGAGUUGGGUGGCAACAGAAAUGGCAAAAGUGGAAUUUUUAAGACGAGAAGCAGUUCGUAAACUGUCCUCUACCCCAUCACCAGAUCAUAAUUCGUCCACAGUUAUAGGAAGAUUCGUUGUGAGUCCAACAGGUGAAAGUUGUGAAGAAAAUUUUGACCUUGACAUUGACGAAUCAGAAGAUAUGAGCUCUAGAAGUAAGGCAGAAAAAAUUACACCUGAUGAUCAAACAGCAAAUAACUUACCAUCACUAAGUGAUCCAAAAAAUUUUAAAUUACCUUCUACUGUUCCUGUAAAUAAUGAAGGUGUCAGUGAUAGCAGUACGUCUUUCAUUUUGAACAAUAAUUCUUCCAGUUCUCAAGACUUACAUAGUCUACCAAGAUGCUCCAUUCCUGGAGGCGAAAAGGGUAGGCGACCAAGUGAAUGGUUAAAAUCUGAACCUGAAUCAUCGUGCAGUGACGAGAGUUUCCGUCAUCAUGUGACAAUUGGUCCACAUGGAGGUAUUGAUUGGAUACGUAAGUUAGGAUUGGAAUCAACAGGAAGAAAAUCUAGUGACUCUGAAAUAAAUGAAGCUAAAACAAGAAGAGGCAAUGGAGAUGAGUUAUUGUUAUACAAAUCCACAGACUGUAUUGUUUCAAAAGAUUUUGGGUCUUCUUCAGACAGCGACCUCCUUCGGUCGGCACUGCCAUGGACUUUAGCACAUAGAAAUAAAAAAUUUCGAGUUUCACCUGACAAAGAUACAGUUAAAGAAACAGCUAAUAAAUCUCAACAACAACAUUAUCAACAACAAGAACAUCCAUCUCAUCAUCAUUCAAAAGAAUCAAGUGCACACCAACAUUUUUCUUAUGGAGAAAAAGAGUCCGUAGGUGCUUCAGACUCUAGUAAAACAGUAUCUAGUCAAGAUGAAGAAAAAUCUGCGAAAGAAGAAAAAGAAGCAAAGAAAACACGUGUUAAACAAAGUUUGAUGAAACGAGCUAGAUCAGUUGCAAUAUUUUCUUUAAAGUUAAAAGAAAGAAGAGCGAGGGAAGCAGAGGUAAAGGCUAAAGAAGUAGAAAAAGAGGCCAGGUGGCAACAACCUCAAAUGGUUGGUGGUGAACUGUCAUGUAUUCCAAUAGAAAAACUUAUUUCUGUAGAUGACAUCGCCGCCAUGGAAGUCCGCAGGAUGAAUCAAUAGUUAAUUACAAGCUUUUUUUAUUUUCUGCCAACUGGUUGGAAAUACAGUACAAUAUACCAAAUAGAAAUUUAUUUAUCAACUAGGAUAGCUUUAGGGCAUUCAGGGGAUAAUACUAUGACAAGAAAAUACAUAUUUAAUUUAUUUAAAUGAUACUUAUUUAAUUUAUUUAAAUGAUACAUAUUUAAUUUAUUUAAAUGUUUAUAAUAAAUCAUUUUGAUAAAUUUAAUGAUUAAAGAUAAAACAUGAAGUAUUGUUGACAAUGUUAAUAUAGUUACAUUAAAUGAAAAAAAUUUUGGAAAUGAAAAAAAACUUCCAUAAUCAAGCAUUUUCUACGUAUUAAUAAAAAAUAUUUUUUUCUUAAUUAGAAAGAAAAUUUUACUUAUUUAUUAAAUAUCAGCAUAAUUCGAAUAAAAAUAUAGUUCUAGCGUUACCCUAGUUGACGGUAUGAAUUUCUGUAUGGUUUUGCAGUGAGUCGAUUAACACGAAAAGAAUAUUGUAUUUAUGUGAGCAAAAUAAUCAUGAUUGCGACAUACGUGCAUUGAUUAAAAUGCCGAACAGAAACCGGAUAAAAAUCGGUUUUUGCCUUUUCCUUAUAGAAAUCUAAAUCUUAUCCUUAAUAUAUUUGGUUCUAUACGUUUUAUAUCCCACAAUAGUAAUUUAAAGAAUAUUAAAUAGUGCUGAAAAAAUGUUAUUAAUUGGACUGAAUGGAAAAAUAAUAUUAAUAAUUUAAAAAUUUCUACUGAAAACGCUCAAUAAUUACACUGAAAUUUCCCGCACAUGAAGGAUCGUACGAAUCCUUAACUAAUAUAGCUUGUAUAAAUUAUUAUAUUUAAAAAAAUGUUGUAUAUCUAUUAAGAAUGUUGAAUAAAAAAAGAAAUUGUUGAAAACAUAUAACUUUCAAUUUCCUAAUUUGAUACAUGAAUAAAAUACUUCAAUGAGCAGAACGAAUUUAAAUAUGGAAUUAUUUUGAAGAAACUGCAAUUAUUAUAUUUUAAUUCCAAAUCCUAUAUCAAAAGCAGACAAACUUGGUUAAAAUCUAUUAUUAAUAUUUGUAAAUUAUAUAAAUUAUUUGAUUAUGAUUCCAACGAGUUGAAUACCUCUGGAAAAAAUUUUAAACUAUUAUGUCUUGAAAGAAGUUAAUUUUUGAAUUCAACAUCCAUCUGUAUCUUUAUUAUGUCGUUAAAGAUACUUUUUGUUGGUACUUUAAUACCGAAAGUAUUUUAUCUAAUUAAUAUAUUAAUAAAUAAAUUACGCUUAGAUAUUAGGACGUUUCAUCAAAAACAAUUUUGUCGAUUUUUCAAAUCCUUAAACCGGAAUUAUACUUCUUUUAACCUAAAAAAUUCUGACCUAUUUUUGGGUUAAGCGAAGUAUACUUUUGCAAUGCGGGAUAGAAAGCGUACUGCCCCUUUGCUAAUGAGCAAGUGAAGAAAUUCAAAUCGUACAUGUGCCGGAAACAAACGGAUAAGGAAAUGCAUCCAGUUCGUUACCGGUUUCUGUUUAACAUUUUAAAAUAAUUUGUCCUUUACAUCGCUCUGAUAAUAAUUUAUAUUGUCAUGAACAUUAAGAAAAUAUUUAAUUAGAUUUUUAUUUAUUUCAUCUUAUUUUGCAAAAAUUUUCAUUUAGGUUAUGUAAAAUAAAUUAAAGUACUUAAAAAAAACUAAAUGAAAUAUCUGUUUCAUAAAAUUAUAAUUUAAGCCACAUAUAAAAAGAUGUUUUAAAGUACUAAUUUAUCAGGCGAAUGUGUGGGACAAAACAUUAAACUAUACAAAACCUAUGCGUGGCUUCCACACGAGGCACAUCUUUUGUAAGUAAAAUAAGAUGAAAUUUUUACUUAGAAAGUAAACUAAAUGAUUACAAAUUAUCGUGUACAUAAUUAUCCUACAAUUAUUUAUUAUUUUCUUUUUUAUUUCUUCUGAUGCAAUUUGGUAAAAUUCUCUUCUAUUUUCUUAGUUUUUAACAUUUUAAAUUUGUUACUAAAUAUUUUAAAUUAUGUUUUAAGUUCAAAAUAUGAUUUUUUUUCUAUAUGAAUUAUUGUGAAUCUGAUUUAUAUAACGUAUUUGAAUUACAAAACAGUUCAGAGACUUGAAAACUGUUUGAAAGUGUUACCCUUGUUUUAACGUAGAACUGGCUUCUUGUGAUACUCGUUUUUGAUGUCUGAUUUAAAUGACAUAUUCUUUACUUAUAUUUUACAAAAAAUAAAGAAUUAAACAUUUA